AUGACAUCCUCGUACGCGCGCGUCCCCACCACCGAUCCCAACGCUCCAGGUCCCUCGGCUUCCUCUUCGCUCUCGUCCUCGCCCCUCCAGCACGCCAUCGCCACGCUCCAUCCACACCUGGACAACGACGACCAGCCGUACGAACUCGACGAGAAGGCGUCCUUCCUCCCGACCCAUGCGCGUCCAACACACCGCCAAUCGCAUCAUGCGCGCUCUCACCACCCCGGGCUCAGCUGGCUGAGUCCCACCAAGCGCGAGCAGACCCAUGCCAUCCUCACCAAUGCAGCCGAGAUGGUCCAGCGCACAAAAACCUACGUCCUGCUCGGCGUGUGUGCGCUGCUCGCACUCUUGCUGCUCCUCGAUCGAUCCACCGCAUCCACCGCGCCUGUCGCAGCAACAGCGUCCGCAUCGGUCCCAACUUCGUCCAUGUCGACUGCGGCGCCACGCCUCGAGGACGACAUUGUGCUCAUCACCAAAGUCGGCUCCGCUACCGUGCACAGCCGGCUGCUCAUCCACCUUGCCGAGCAGCCGCUCUCGAACGUCUACGCACCCAACCGGCUCUAUGUCUCGGAUGCCACGAUGCGCGUGGGUGAGAUUGAACUCUACGACGCGCUCGCCAACGUCAGCGACACCAUCCGCAGCCUCGACGAGUUCAGCGAGCUGCGCGCCCAGCUCUCCACGCUCCACCACGGCAACCAGGACCUGGGCGCCAUGCACGACAAGGACGGCGGCUGGAAGCUCGACAAGUACAAGUUCCUGCCCAUGCUCGCCGAAGCCUGGCGCCGCUUCCCGCACAAGCAGUGGUACGUCGUAGUCGAGGCGGAUACGUUUGUAUUCUGGAACCAGCUCGUGCGCUGGCUCGCCACACUCGACGCGCGUCGGCAGCUCAUGCUGGGCCAUCCCACCUUUUGCGACUACGACGGCGAGUCCACCAUGUUUACGCACGGCGGCAGCGGCUUUGUGCUCUCCGGUGCGCUUGUCGCACAGUCGUUUGGCAAAGACGCCGACUUUGAGCAUCAUCACGACGAGCUUAUCCAGAAGUCGGCGUUCGGAGACGCAUUGCUUUCCAAGGCGCUGUACGAUACGCCCGGGGUGACGCUCAAAGAGCUGUCGCCCGAUGGGAGGGAGAGGUUCAACAGCGAUCCGCCACGCGUGCUCAAGUUCCACCGCGGCAACUGGUGCGAGCCGCUGCUGACGCUGCACCACGUCACACCAGCCGACACGGCGCAUUUGUACCGCUUUGCUCGCCGUGUCGAUGCGCGUCUUGGCGAGCACGAUUCGGUGCGAUGGGGCGAUAUCUGGGACGAAUUCCUGCCCGACUUUCUGCGCGUUGCUCUGCUCCGCGGCGGGGAAGAUGGGGAUGAAGGCGGGAAUGGCGUAUCGAUUUCGGGAUGGCAGGCGAUCGAAGAUUGGGAUAGCGAGACCACCGACGUAGCCACAGCCUCGCCCGAGCAGUGUCAGAGCGUAUGUGCCACCAACGAAGGCUGCGUGCUGUGGCAGUGGCAAGACACCGACUCCAAACGCAAGAGAGCAGGUGCUCCGGCAAAGGGACUGUGUAGAUGGACCAAGGAGUUCCUCAGGAUCGGCGUGACUAAACCGGACGAACCCGCAAAGACGACCGGUUGGAUGCCCGCGAGGGUGAGAGAGUGGCAGACGGAGAACGCUUGUCCUGGACAUACCUCGCUGUGGCAGCAGCAGCCGUCGUUGCACGAGGAUUAG